GCAUAAUGACCUCUUGGCUGGUCUUGAUAUCGGUUCUGAGUUUAGCCGUGAUCGGUGUUGUGGCGGGUGUGCCGGCGGAAUGCCAGCGGUUUACCUCUUGCGGAGAAUGUAUGUCAAAUUUCGAUUGUGCGUGGUGCUUAGACAACACGACGUCCGCCUCUAUCACUUCCCAACGAUGUAUCUCGAUGCAGGAGAGGGAGGAGACAUGUCAAAACUUCGAGUAUUCUCAAAGUUCAUUCGAGAUCUUGUCCCAGCUGGCGGUGGGCUCACAAUUGAAUGACGAGGAGCACACCCUCAUCUCCCCGCAGAAAGCCACCGUCUAUCUACGACCGGGCGACAAAUUGCCGCAAACGAUUCCGAUCAAGGCGGCCCAACUGAAGGAAUACCCCAUCGACGUGUACGUGCUUAUGGACUUGUCGUUGUCCAUGAAUGAAUCUCGGAAGACCUUUGCUCUAGAGGCCGUAAACGUGAUCAAGGAAUUCCAGAAGAUCACCAGCAAUCUGCUCCUCGGGUUCGGCAGCUUUGUGGACAAGGAUCUUUCACCUUUUAGUAGCACGCAGGACACCAUGGUGUGUCCGGAUCAGCAGGAUAAGUGCAUGAGACCUUACGGGUUCCACAAUCAAAUCUCCUUGAAGAAUUUGACGGCCGACGAAUUCAAGAACAAGCUUUUGAAUGCCAACCUGGCGGGAAACAUCGACGAGCCCGAGGGCAGUUUGGACGCCCUGAUGCAAGUGCUGACCUGCACCCAGGAGAUUAAGUGGCGCUACCGCUCCAGGAAGAUGGUGGUACUCGUGACAGAUCGGGAUUUCCAUUUCGCCGCUGAUGGACGCUUGUUGGGGAUCCUGGAACGCAAUGACGGCCAAUGCCACUUGGACGAACAAGGCUUUUACUCGGAGUCCAAAAACCAGGAUUACCCCUCUCUAUCGCAGGUGGGUGAAAAGGUCUAUGAUGGCGAGUUCAAUCUCAUCGCCGCCGUCAUUCCCAAGUACACCCACAUUUGGCAAGCUCUGGAGCAAGUUGUGCCCAACAUGUAUGUGGUGGCAUUGGAGAAGGACGCUGCCAAUAUCGUUGACAUUGUCGCCACUUACACUGAGCGGGUCUCGCGGAAAAUCCAGCUUUUGGUUUCGGACGACUUCCACGAUCUGGGCCUGUCCAUCGAGAUCUACUCCGAGUGUUUGGGAUCCGAGCUCAGACCAGUGCGCGAAUGCGAUGACAUUCCUUUGGACACGGUGGUGGACUUUGAAGUUCGAUUCCGCGCCUCCAAAUGCCUCCCUGAGCCCAAGACCAUCACCCUCUCCAUGUCCGGAUUCUUGCAGACUUUGGAAAUCAAGGUCCAAACUCAAUGCAGUUGCCCGUGUCAAAACGAAUCUCCUCCCGAGGCCAAUGAGCAAUGCAACAAUCAUGGCAAGUUCGAAUGUGGCGGUUGUCAAUGUGAGAGCGAGUACAUCGGCAACACUUGCCAAUGCAAAAAGGAUGUCGACAAUGACGAUGAGUCCCGGAAAGAGUGUGUGGAUCCUCUGGGGCCGAAGGAUUUGAUUUGCAAUGGUCGCGGGACCUGCAAAUGCGGCGUUUGCGUGGAUUGCUACCAAAGCUACGACAGUUUCUGCCAAUGUCGAGACGACGACUGCCAGAAGACGGAGAGCGGCCUCUGUGAUGGACAUGGCCAAUGUCAAUGUGGGACUUGCAGCUGCAAUGCCGGUUGGAGUGGCGACGAUUGCUCCUGCAGCCAAAGCACCUAUGGCUGCGUGUCCCCGUACAAUCAAGAGAUCUGCUCGGGUCAGGGCCGAUGCCGAUGCAAUCGAUGCGAUUGUAUCCAACAAGACACCGGGGCGUACACCGGAAGCUUCUGCCAAUUGGCGCCAGACGAGACGUUUCCAUGCGAGGUGCUGACGAAUUGCGUGGAAUGUCUGGCAUUUCAAACUGGCGAUCGUGCCGCGAAUGAUUGCGAUUCAUGUGGCCACAUCAGUCUCCAGAACCAAACUGAAACCUACACGGAACAAACUGUUUGCACCGGAUUGGAUUGGGAAAAUUGCGAGUUUAAGUUUUCAUACGAAAACGGCGGGGAAAUGAGCCCGGUGGCCGCUUUCUUGCUCUUAUAUCCUAAUGGGGAACGACGGAUGUGUCCACUUAGAGUGGACUUGGCCAUCGCCGGUGGGGUUUUCGUCGCUGGGUUGGUGCUGUUGGGGCUAGCAUUCAUUUGUUGCUACAAAUGCUAUCUUGUCUUUGACGAUAGACGACAAUAUGCCAAAUUCUCCAAAGAAGCGGAGCAACUCCGAUACGCCGGGAAUCAAAAUGCCAACGAUGUGUACCGUUCACCGAUCACCAUCUACAAGAAUCCCAUGCAUGGCCGCGAAAUCCCCAGUAUGAGGACUUAACUGUCCAUGAUGGGAAUGAAAAAGAAUAUCUUAAAACAAUCAAGCUCACCAUCAUCAAUCAAUGAAUGAAAGUAUGAAUGACAAUGUGGGUGGAAUUGCCUUUGUAAAAAAAGGUGACGUGUAUUUCUAAAAUACACAAAAUAUCCUUGUUGUUUUUUUUUAAA